UCCUCCUCCGCCUCCCGCGAGCCCCGAGCGCGACCGCCUUCUCCUCCUCCUCCUCCUCCUCCUGCUCUUCCUUCUCCUCCUCCUGCUGCUGCUCCUCGUCUCGCCUGGCAGCCGCCGGAGAGCCCCGGUCCCCGCAGGCGCCACCAUGUGCGGCAUCUUUGCUUACCUGAACUACCAUGUUCCCCGGACAAGGCGAGAGAUUCUGGAGACCCUUAUUAAAGGGCUGCAGAGACUGGAGUACAGAGGAUAUGAUUCUGCCGGAGUCGGAAUUGAUGGAGGCAAUGAUAAAGACUGGGAGGCCAAUGCCAGCAAAAUUACACUCAUCAAAAAGAAGGGGAAAGUGAAGGCUUUGGAUGAAGAAGUAAACAAACAACAGGAUAUAGACCUAGAUAUUGAGUUUGAUGUACAUCUUGGAAUUGCUCAUACCCGAUGGGCCACUCAUGGGGAGCCUAACCCUGUCAACAGCCAUCCACAGCGCUCCGAUAAAAACAACGAAUUUAUUGUUAUCCACAAUGGAAUUAUUACAAACUACAAGGAUCUGAAGAAGUUUUUGGAGAGCAAAGGGUAUGAAUUUGAGUCUGAAACCGAUACUGAAACGAUUGCUAAGCUUGUCAAGUACAUGUAUGACAACCGUGAAAGUGAUGACAUCAGCUUCACCACCUUGGUCGAAAGGGUUAUCCAGCAGCUGGAAGGUGCUUUUGCCCUGGUGUUCAAGAGCAUUCACUAUCCCGGUCAAGCUGUUGGCACCAGGAGGGGAAGCCCCCUGCUCAUCGGAGUCCGAAGUGAGCACAAGCUUUCUACUGACCACAUUCCAAUACUCUACAGGACAGGGAAGGACAAGAAAGGAAGCUGCAGCCUUUCUCGCGUGGACAGCACCACGUGCCUCUUUCCUGUGGAAGAGAAAGCCGUGGAGUACUACUUUGCCUCGGAUGCCAGUGCAGUCAUUGAGCACACCAACCGAGUCAUUUUUCUGGAAGAUGAUGAUGUGGCCGCUGUGGUGGAUGGUCGUCUCUCCAUACACCGCAUCAAGCGCACUGCUGCCGAUCACCCUGGGCGGGCUGUCCAGACCCUCCAGAUGGAACUGCAGCAGAUCAUGAAGGGCAAUUUCAGUUCAUUCAUGCAGAAAGAAAUUUUCGAACAACCCGAAUCCGUGGUUAACACCAUGAGAGGAAGAGUCAACUUUGAUGACUACACGGUCAAUCUUGGGGGCUUGAAAGAUCACAUCAAGGAGAUCCAGAGGUGUCGACGUCUGAUCCUUAUUGCUUGCGGGACAAGUUACCAUGCUGGAGUUGCAACGCGUCAAGUGCUGGAAGAGCUGACUGAACUGCCCGUCAUGGUGGAACUAGCCAGCGACUUCUUGGACAGAAACACUCCAGUCUUCAGAGAUGACGUCUGCUUUUUCCUCAGCCAGUCAGCAGGUGAGACGGCCGACACACUGAUGGCCCUUCGGUACUGUAAGGAGAGAGGAGCCCUCACCGUGGGAAUCACAAACAUGGUUGGCAGCUCUAUAUCUCGGGAGACGGACUGCGGGGUUCACAUCAAUGCCGGGCCAGAGAUUGGGGUGGCCAGCACAAAGGCCUAUACAAGCCAGUUUGUGUCCCUAGUGAUGUUUGCACUCAUGAUGUGCGACGACAGGAUUUCCAUGCAAGAAAGGCGGAAGGAAAUCAUGCGAGGCCUCAAGUUAUUGCCAGACUUGAUCAAAGAAGUGCUGAGCAUGGAUGAUGAGAUCCAGAAACUGGCGACCGAGCUUUACCACCAGAAGUCAGUCCUCAUCAUGGGUCGUGGAUAUCACUACGCAACAUGUCUGGAAGGUGCUCUGAAAAUCAAAGAGAUCACCUACAUGCAUUCGGAAGGCAUUCUGGCUGGCGAGCUGAAGCACGGGCCCCUCGCCUUGGUGGAUAAGCUGAUGCCGGUGAUCAUGAUCAUCAUGAGGGACAACACCUACACCAAGUGCCAGAACGCCCUGCAGCAAGUGAUAGCGCGGCAGGGGCGGCCCGUCGUGAUUUGUGACAAGGAAGACAUUGAGACCAUCAAGAACAACAAGCGAACCAUCAAAGUCCCCCACACGGUGGACUGCCUGCAGGGGAUUCUGAGCGUUAUCCCAUUACAACUCCUGGCUUUCCACCUGGCCGUUCUCAGAGGCUAUGAUGUUGAUUUUCCGAGGAACCUGGCCAAAUCUGUUACAGUUGAAUAGGAUAGUUCGUCAUUAAUUCAGUGGCAGAUGUUAACAAGAGACUCUCUUUUUUGGUACUGGAAGUUGUUGAUUUUAAAAAUCCUCCCUUUCCUCAAAUCUUAUUCCAUAUGUAUACAAGGAUCUUUAUAAUUUGUUGUGUUUGUGGCCGUGUUGAAUCCGUGGGGUACGUCAAUAGCAUUGUUAAGUGGCAACAUUUCAAAGUACAAUUUGUUUUUCCUCUUUAAAGCCAUCGUCUUUGUCCCUGCACUAGUGUGGUUGUUUCAGGCCUCCCAGGUGCUAAACCAUUUCAUCCCCUAAUGAUCAGCGGUAAGACCUUUUUUAAAAAAAGGUAACCACAAAUGAGGGUAGAUAAAGAAGCUUGAAGAACCUUAGGCUGUGGGUUGCCACAGACGAUGUUCUUUUUCCCUUUGCAAAAAGACUUUGGAUCCACUGAGGAUUGACUGUUGUCUGGUGGAGGCAUACGAUUCUCCCAGCAAUGAAGGCCUGUCCAGUUUGCGGGAGGGAGCACCAUAACCAUCACCCUCGCUGAACGGGUCAGCAACCCUGGGAUGUUGCUGACUCUUUCAACCAACUCCAUUCUCUGUGGCUGUUGUGACUGCACAAGCCCCUUCUGCUUGGGAGAGUGGAGUCAUGCCUUCAUCAUUUUUCCAACGGCAGAAAAAAAUGCAAACAGCCUGAAACUAGGAAGGUGCCUUGCUUGCUCGAUCCUUCAGGACCUAGAUCAGUCAUUCCUCCAGAUGUUGUAGUGUUCAGCUCUCAGCUGGGUCGCUGAGGCUUCUAGAACUGCAGAACAUCUGGAGGGUCAUAGAUGGAGAAUGCCAUGCCGGGGUGGAGGGCCCGUUCUUGCAUGCAGCCUUUUAAUGUGGUGAGGUUGUCAUGAAGUGUCUUAAUUGUGCCGUCUUCAUUGGGGCAACAAAAACCAGCCAUCACCUAGAGAAGGUAAGUGUUGGUUUUCAAGAGUCUUCUUUCAUAAAAUGGUGAAGCCGCAUGUCACUGGGUGAAGGGGCAGCUGGGAGAAAGUAGAUCUGUGUGUGGCUGAGAGGAUACCCAUGAGGUUCACUGUUAGAAAUAACCAAUGUUAUUUCGAGCAACUGCUUUGCAGGGCAAGAUCAGAGAGGGUGGACUCCAUUUUAUGUUGGGCCACGGCUCUUGCGUUACUUCUGCCUCCCCAAAUUUGAAUGUCUGUGUGUGGUGGGCUCCAAGAGGAGAUGAAGACAUUUGCUGAGCCUCCAGCGAGUGCAUGUAGUGGCCAUGGGAGGCUAGGCUGCUGGUUUCCACCAUCUGUGAACUGGGAGUGAUCCUAAUCUGUGGGGAAGGUUGAUAAAAGUAAUACUGAGCCAGGGAGUAUGUGUGUGGUGGUGGUGGUGGAGGAGGAAGAGCCUCUGUCCGUUGGAAGAGAGAGCCUGAGUCUAAUCUGUGGAGCAGGUUAGUGAAAUUAAUACUGAGCCAAAAAGGAAGGGGUGGUUGGUUGGUUGGUUGGUCGAUCUGUGAAAGCUUUGGUGUGUUGGAAGAUAAGAAAGAGAGAGAGAGAGCCAAGAACCUACCUUUCUUCUUAUAUUAUUUUUGGGGAGAGAGGAAGAGAGCAGCCGGGCAUGAAUGGUUCACCAGAGUGGUCUUGGGUGCUUUUCUCUUGGCCAACUUUCCCUCCAACUCCUUAUACUCAUAGUCCUCCCCCAACCCCACAUGGCCGCUGCUGGCCUGAGCUUGAAGAUAUCAAAGCAAAAUGUGCACGUUUUGUGUGUGUGUGUGUAAAAAACUGGAACAUUUUGAUAACUCAGUCCUCCUCUGCUCAUUUCCUUUGGAAUGUACUUCUUCAGCUUGUCUUUGUUUAUGGGACCACUCUGUAGAUCGGGUUUUGCUGUGCAUUCCGCACCCUGUCAAAUUCUGUUGUUUAGGUUGUUAUUUCUGCGCCUUAUUUUUUUUGUAUCUUGCUUUUUGAAUAAGAACAAGUGCCCAACCUGAUCAUGA